GUUCACCUUGCGCUUGCCGUGCCGCCUCCAAGAGUCCAACUUGUUUUGAGAUUUGCUAACCUGCACGCCACAACUAUUCAACACCGACUGGCAAAGAUUCACGGGGAAAUCAGUCUGGUCUCUUUCUAAAUGCUUCUAGUCUAGGCGCACUCAUUAAACACUCAGUUUGACCGUGCUUUAUAGUAGCAAUGUCGCUUUAUACACCAGUAUUCCCACCGUCUCUCGAACGCCGACCAACAAGGCGCAAGGGCGCGUCUUCAUCCAAUAAACUCAAUCAUUGGUCCACUACCGAGAUUCUACGCGACAUACACCUUUUUCUUGCCACCAAACCGGAGGUACUGGCACCCUCUUCAAGACCCAGUUCUCCCUCGUUCGAAAAAAACGUUGAAAAUCUGAAACAUUCUGUCCUCGAGGCAGUUGACGCUGCAAGAGGAGACACAGGGGACGGGAAAUGGACUCAGGUCAGCGCGAAGUUGAAGAUGGGCUGUGUCAGGGGACGAUAUCGUAUGAAUGGGUUAAACCAACGCUGGAAUCCAGCUGAAAACGUGGAAUGGAUACUACCAGAUGACGAAGAAACAUGGUUGAAGCUAGAAAAAGAUAGGGCGGAGUCGAGGACGUCAAAAGGGAAUGCCAAGCAAUCUCGACAUCCUGGUAACCUGUCGAUAACAGCAGUUGCGCCAUUCCACGGAUCAAACCUUGCAGCCUAUCAGCCGCCAGUAGAAGCGCUAGCAACGGUCUCGCCCAAAACCAUGAGGAAUGUCAAGGAGAAGGUGGCAAAGUGGCAAGCGACGAUAUCCGCACCUGAAGGCGCCUCGGUUGCCGAAAAGACUGUAUCCACUACUCCAGCGUUCAUGGGUGCCUCCAAGUCGGGGAUGAAGCUAACGAUGUUGAAAGAUAAAAGCCAAUCCUCGUCGCUCGGUUUCCCGGUCGUAAAGCGCAAUGUCGCAACUGUGACGGAUAAGAAGAGCAACAAGGGACGCUCAGAUAGACAUCCUUCCCCUAAUUUUCGGGUCCACGGAGAUCUAAAAGGUGGCUUUACCGCUAGCGGCUCCAAAUUACCAGCGGAAGCCAGCGGUGAUGUGCCAGAAAAAGCUAGCUUCAAGACCCCGUCGAGGUCCUUGCAUGGAGAUUUACCUAAGAUUACAGACUUUCCGGAAACGCCAUAUAUUCCUCCAUCCUUCCCAUCACAGCUUGAAACUUCAACGCCGCAACCACGACAUGACGCUGUGGUGCCUGUCCGGACAAAGCCCCCGCCGAUUUACCCUGUGUGUUCAUCAUCGUCUAUUUCACAUCCGUCAACUCCCAGGGAUGGCGAUCCUAAUCAUAUCGGCGAACACCCUUAUACAGUUGACAUAUCCCCUUCGUUUCCGAUACAUUCCGAUGGGCGACAAACAAACAAACGCCCUCUAUCACCGUCUCCUUUACAUGAUAUGGUGUCUUCCACUUCGAAGAAGCAACGAAUACGGUCCCCCUGUGGAGAAAAUCCAGCUUUCUGCUCUCAGCCAUCGACACAACCGGCAAAUGUGCCAGAGGUAGCGUCGAAACGUGCAGUCAUUCCAGCUUCCCCUCAUGGUGAAGGUAGGCUUUCCACUCUCACUGAGUUGCUGGCAGCCACCCCUCAACGGAAGACAAACUUGGGGCCUUCUUUGCAAAAUAUUAUUUGCCCCGAGAGUGAGCCUGCCAAGGAAAACCCUUCGUCUGUAAAGUCUUACUUCUCAACCCCGGGUUCGGGGUCGUCUGAUUCCCCUACGUCCAAUCACAACCUCCUUCUUCACUCACCUGUCAGCCCAAUGCGGUCAUUCGCUCAAAAUCCAAACGCAUUUCUCCCGCAGUUUACCUCUACCCAGACUAGAGGUUCGUGCCACAAUGGGAUGAGUGGUAGCGUCCUAGGAGGGGGUUACCGUUCACAGUUUGAUGUGGAAAGACAUGUUGACCGUGUUAGCGAAUUAUUAGAGAAGGAUGUUGAUUUUGGUGGAUGGUUGCGCGAUGUGCCGUCAGUGGAAGAACUGGAAGCCAGUCAGGAACAGUGAUUAUCACUACAUAGCCUCAGGCAAUACCCGCGAACGUGCAAGCUGCUGACUAGCUGUACUCCACUUCUUGUGUAUUUUAGUCGCGACUUGUUGCUUUACUAGGAAUAAAAGAUGGUUUUAAUUGGA